CAUGCCGUCUUCGUCCUUGUCCGCGCAGCUCAAGCAGCUGGCUGCGGCUCAUGUGCCCGGUACAGGAAAGGGAAAGGCAUCGCUUCUAUUUACGGCCAAACAGGCGGCAGAUAUAGAUAUCGAUAGUUUAUUUGUAAUUGGACGAAAUGCCCUCGUCGACUUGUGUACCCACAACCCGGCCUUCAAAGACUUUGAAGAGACAUUAUUUUCAGAGAGAAUAAAAACCUUGGAUAGGACAUUGCAGACAAAGGCGGACAAUGAAAAGCUGGACGAAAGCAUUAACAAGUUCUUGCGCCUUCUCUCGCCAUAUUUCCUUUUGCAAAGUACCUUCAAAGCUCUAGAGUGGCUUUUGCGGCGAUUUCGAAUCAACGAAUUCAAUGUCGACGUGAUCGUGGAAUGUAUCCUUCCUUACCAUGAAACGAAGCAGUUUGUGCAGGUGGUCGGCGUACUCGCCCUACCUGAGGACUCGCGGUGGGGUUUUCUCAAGGCGAUCCAAAAGACCAAGGUGCCUCUGGACCGGGUCACAUUGAUCCAACGAUUGACAGCUGACAGAACUGUGUUGGAGUUCAUUUGUGGAAUGAUUAUAUCCUCCAAACAAGCGGGAGUGAUCAAUAGAACUUUAUGGACUUUCUUCGCCUUGACCGUUAUUCAAUAUAUCCAGAGUUUGACAGUAGUGUCUGAUGAGGACAUACGCCUGCUUCUGGCCCCACUUCUUUCCCUCUUGCGUAUCGGAAAUCCCCAAUACGCGGAUCUCUUGGCGACAGCGCAGAUGGUGUUUGCUCAGAUUGCCAACCGUGCCCCCCUGAGCAACGAAGUUGUGUUAACCAUUGUGGAGAAUGCGGCGGCGGGUGUUACCCCCACCACUCUGCAGUCGUCGAUCACCUUCCUCUUGACAAUAUAUCGGUCCCAGGAAAUCGGCGCUAUACCUGCCAAAGCAUUUUCUCGUUUAUUGGAUGUAAAGGGAUUUGAGGAAACGCUGGCACAAAUAAACAAGACGUACGAGGCAGAUAAGCUGCUCUGCCCAAUGUUCGAGGCCGCCGUUAGUGCACUCGGCAGUCCUGAAAGUGCCCAAAAACUUGCAGCAAGGGCCGAGCAAUUUAUCGAAGUGAUCCUUGAUCACGGGGAGCCAUCCAGUGAAGCACUUUCCUUCUUCGUCAAUGCUAUUCUCCAGUCGUAUCUGGAAAACAGGGAUCCCGACGAAGGUUCUGCACUGAAGCUUAAGAAUAUCUUGCAAUCAAUGCAGCGUAGGCACGGUCAUGCCGUGGACCAAGUUGUAGAGGCAAAGUUAAAGGAUUGCGAACAGCGCGGUGACAAGGAACAACAGCAGGCUCUCUACGACUUUGUAACAUCAACAUUUAGAGGAACAGGCGGCCGGGUUGUAAAGAAUGCAAACACCACGUUAUACCUUAGCCUCCAACACGUAAAUGCCAACAUUCGUUUGAUGGCACUAGAAAAUUUGACGGAGAUGUUGAGCAACGGUGAACAAGAAGAUAUCGAAUUUGCGGAAGAUAUCCUGUUAAGCCGACUACAGGAUGAUGACGACCGUGUUCUAAAACACGUACUUGAGCUGCCUCUCCUAACCGAUAUCGUUGAGCCUUUGAAAUUGGCCCCUGCAAUGCAAGCGUUGUUGCGUUCUGAAACAGUUUCAUUGAAAAACAAAUGCCGAGCGUUUGAUAUAUGUGUGGAGCUAUUGAAGUCCGACGAAACGCGAACCCUAUCCUCUCUCAGGCACGACAUAUUGGGAUGCUUCCUCCUCACAAGGGAAUCUCGUCGACUCAACAGACACUCCUUCGCAUGUGCCGCGAAACCUGGUUUCCCACUUCAGGAACUUGUUCGGAAAUGCGAGAACCUAGUCUCUGACCUUGACACUUUGAUCGAGUCUAAGGAUGGAAAGGCUGCAAAGAGCGCUGCAUUCGUCCCUGUAACAGCACGCGCAAUCUCUACCUUGGCGAAUAAUCUGAAGAAACCAAAGACCGCUGCAAAUAUUGAUGCCUACGUGGAAGGCUUAGCAUCGGCAUCUUUCUCUACGCGCCAGUUGAGCGCAUUGGUUUUGAUCAAAGCUCUUCAAGCUAAAACCGCCGGAGAACAACUGCAAUUGGCUGAUCGAAUCGUUGCCAUUGUUGCGAAGCAAUUGAGCACAGUCAAACGUGAUAGCCAAAACGAUUGUACUAUUCAAGAGGAAACUGGAUUGCUCAAAGAUAUCGUCAACGUCCGUGCGAGCAAUGCUUCAAGUCAUGCUGUCGAGUUCCAGGUUGUUAUGUUUGUACUGAAAAGCGUAAUUGACACCAUUAUUCGACCAAACGCUGCAACUAUUGCAUGGUUAUCAACCGAGGAUGAGCCGAGCGAAGAUGCUAGCCUUUAUCGACGACUGAUCGUACGUCUUUAUGAGACGGUAUCAUCUCUGAAUGGAAACGCAGCCGAGGUCUUGCUGACGACUCUUCUUCGGAAGCACUUGGCAAUGGACGCAGUGCAGUUUUGCACUGCGUACUGGGUGGAUAACGAUAAACCUGUAUCCUUGCAGAUUAACAGCUUAACAAUAGCCACCUCGUUCAUCAACAUCGCCGCGGAUCCUGAUGUUGUGCUAAAAUACGAUUUCCAAUUGGUAAUCCCUUCUUUGUUCACUGCCCUGGCCAAUCCGGAAAAGGCAGUACGGAGUGCAGCUCUAGACUGUCUGCAAGCGAUCAAAAACAGCUACGCAAAAUGUAAUGGAGAAUCCAAGUCGAAGAAAGUUCAGACUCAGAUCUUUGCCUACGACCAGUUCUACGGUCAAAGUUCCAAGCAGGUCCAGUAUUUGACUUUGACCGCAGCUGCAACCUUUGUGGGAGCAGUUCUUGAAGGAAAGGAGGAGCUGUUGACGGAUGCGGGAUUUUUGGAGCGCUACAUUCACGAUCUUCUUUUGACAAGUUCCGAGAAGAAGAUGAGCUAUAAGGAGGACCUUUUGUCUUUCCUUUUAUCAAAUAUCCUGGCAUUCCCGAAGAUCGGUGCUCAAAUCUCACUGGUAUCCACAUUAAGAUUGGUCGAUUCCUCCACGAAGAUGAAGACGCUCCAUCCUUUACUGGAAUCGUUAUUGAAGCGUUUGAGCGGGGAUCAGACUUCCACCGAAGAGCUUCGAUUGAUUGGUGCACUUAUCCAGUGCUUCACUCCUAAAGCAACUACCAGCCUGUUCAAGAUGAAAAAUGAUCGAUACGUGCGCAUUUUCUGCAGGCUUCUCGGCGCGGGGGAUGAUGUUGGCUCCUUCAACCGGGCACAAUUCGCCGGCGGAUUGUCUGUUGAACGUUUGGCUCUGCAACAAAUUGACAGUAAAUGGUUUAUUGCUAUUCCUGCCGACCGGCAGAGUGAGAUAUUUUCAGCUGUUGUGCGACUAGCUUAUGAAGGAGAGCAGUCUGUGGUGCAGGAUGCGAAGACUGUUUUGAAAACCAUACCAGCGUCAUACGAACUGAUUUUGGCUCAGCUCUUAUGCUGCCAGGAGGUACUGUUACAGACUGAGAAACGACCAAGCAAAAAAACCAAGGCCGCGAGUCGUGAGUUGACAGAGGCCUUCUACCGCUUGAGCACGAUUCUCGAGCUACUUGAAUACAAGGACGACAUUGCUGGAAAACAGAAUCUCGUUGUGCCACUAUUCGACCUGCUUGGCCAUAUUUUGAAUGCGGAAGUUACCGAUAUUCCGGUUUCUGUCGAAUAUGUGAAGCAGUUGAUCCUGUCCGUUGAGCUAUCGCUGUUCAAGGAUAUUAAGAAAUUCGGCUGGCAAAUUGACGAGGCUGCGUUGCGUGUCGACCUUAUCGUACAAUGCAUCCGAGUCACAGAUAAUCCACAGACACACAAUGCAUCCCUUCUGCUCAUGGCAGCCAUUGCCACCGUGUACCCACAAAGCGUGCUACUCAACAUUAUGCCCGUCUUCACAUUUAUGGGGGCGAAUGUUUUGCGGCAGGAUGACAAUUACAGUUUCCAUGUCAUUCAGCAGACCUUGACUACAAUCAUCCCUCCGCUCGUGCAAAGACACCAGACGGCUGGAGAGAGUCGUGAGAGGAUGUUGCAUGAGGUGAAGCCCGUCAUGGGAGUGUUUGUGGAUGCUCUUUCCCACAUUCCCAAGCAUCGCCGUCUCAGAUUGUUCACGGUACUGAUUUCUACGCUGGGAGCCGACACCUUCCUGGAUGCCAUCAUUCUCAUGCUCAUCGCGAAGCACUCGGCCAAAAGCAAACUCCCUGUCAACGCCACCGAUGGACUUGGCGAGUUUACUUUGUCGGUCAUGUUACAAUUCCCCGUCAGCGUCCAGUUGAAGGCUUUGAUUUCCAUGCUCAACACCACAAGUGCCCUACCAUUCGACCAAGCCGAAUUGGAUAAGGAAAAGCAAAUGGACGCUGAUGAGUCUGGAAUUAUUGAUUCAAAGACGCAUUCUGCAAAAGAGCUUCGCCACAUCAAACUGGCGACGGUUGACUUUGCUCAUCAGCUCUUAUCCAACCGGUUGUUUGUCAGCAAAGUCCUUGACCUGCCUACAGAGGAGAUUGAAGCUGAACAGCUGAACCUUGUGGAAGCUAUUCUGGUUUCCACCUCCAAUGCGAAUUCGUAUCAGGCGGAGAGUGACGCGCGAGGACAUACCGUUGGAGUCAAGUUUGCAAAAGCCAUGUCCAAGAUAUUAUAUGAUACGCUGGGCAAGGCGAAUGGACUUUUGUCACUAUCUUCGUUCUUGAACGUGGUCUCUCGUUUGAUGAAGCACGAGAAUCAUAUUAUUCGACGAAAAGCUAUUACGCUUUUGGAUGCCAAGGUGACGGCGAUAGGCGACAAUAUUACAGAUGACAUGUUGCCGCAGUUCGCCCAUAUCGUUGAGGGUUUGAAAGAUAUUUUGUCGGGUGCCAAGGACGUCAAGGACCAGGAGAUGCUGGAAAACAAGCAAACCGCUCUUCUCUGUUUGACUACCAUGGCAAAUACCAUGGCACAAGCAGAUCCAGACACAUAUGUGGCGAUUUUGGAUGUGCUUGUUAGCGAGGCAGCAUUGUUGAGCGACAACCGUCAGAUUACCGCUUCUUCCAUGGUUUGCCUGACCUCAAUCAGCAUGCAGUUGGGAUCGCGGGUCCUCCCGUAUCUGCCAAAGUUCAUGCCCGUUAUUAUUGCAGCGCUCAAAGACGGGCUGGCAGAGAAAGAAGCAAGCGAUGCAAAACAGCUUGUGAUAUUGGGCGCUUUAGGGUCCCUUCAUGCUUUGGUAGACACUGUACCGCAGUUUAUAAGUCCUUAUGUUCUACCAUUGCUUGAACAAGCCCUCCAUCCUGCUCUUCAAGGCACUGCUGAGCAAGAAGGUUUUAGCAGUAGGGCGAUAGAGAAGAGUAAUGAUCUUCUAAGCACCAUUGCACGAAAAGUCGCACCACGCAUCCUCCUCCCGGCAAUCUUCUCUCACCUCAAAAUUGCACUCCAGUCAGGGCGUCAGUCGAUGCUGGCGCUAUUUGAUCUUGUCGGCAACACGAUUGCUCACAUGGCUCGUACCGACUUGACUCAAUAUCGAACGGAGCUUUUCCGAUUCUUUUUGGUUUCAUUCGAUUACCGUCGUACAUAUGCCAGCAAGAUUUCAGAAGAGGAUGUGGAAGCUGUCGAAAACAGCAUCAUAUCGUCGUUCUUGCAGCUCGUUAUGAAGCUGAAUGAAACUUUGUUCAAACCUCUGUUCCUCAAGCUGGUGGACUGGGCAACUUCGGAGCUUUUGAUAAAGCACGGUUUGAGUGAAGAGGGUGUCAAUGCGCGCCAGCUGUUCUUCUACCGCUUGGUGGAUAGCCUCUUGGGUCGCCUCAAGUCCAUCUUUGCCCCAUACUAUGUAUACGUCUUGGAUAAUUCCAUUGCAAAGCUCAACGCAUUCACGAAGCAGGACUACCCCCACGCGCUAUGGAUGUACAUUGUCAGUUCGCUGCAUAAAUGCUUCCUUUAUGAUAAUGAUGGAAUGAUUGAUGCUGCCAAGUUUGAUAAACUCCUACCACCACUUGUCAACCAAAUUGAAACCAUGGAUCACCACGGCAAGGAUUACAUGGAUCGUAUGACCGGCUACCUUGUGCCGUGUCUCGGUCAAUUGGCAGUGACUGCAGGGAAAGACACAAUGUGGAAGCCACUUAAUCACCAAGUGUUGUUGAAAACACGCAGCGAGCAUGCGGAGAUCCGUCUUGUGGCCCUGAAAGUUUUGCAAGAGUUGUACACCCGCUUGGGUGAGGAGAUGCUCAUUCUCUUCCCGGAGACGAUCCCCUUCUUGGCAGAGUUGAUGGAGGAUGAUGACGCGCAAGUCGAAGCACUAUGUCAAGAAGUUUGUCUACAGAUUCAGCAGUAUAUUGGAGAAGAUAUUCAGCAGUAUUUUAAUGCAUGAAGGGACAGUGGAAGAUCAUCAGUCUAUAUAAUGGGGAUGUCUGCUUCCGGGAAACGGUCCUUUGGGAAGAUGCGGCAUGUAAAUAUUAGCAAUUAUUUUCAUAAUAGAACAUGGGUAGAGCAGGA